AUUUCAGUAACCAAUUUGUCUGUAAUUAAAAUUGAUCCAGACCAUUUAUUACCAUUGGAUAUUAUUGUUACAUUAAAUGGAACUGUGAUGGAAAAUCCAUUUAUUUCUGAGACAAUAGUCAAAUUCAAAAUUAAUUCAUUGGUUUAUAUUGAAAAGAAAAAGAAAAAAGUGGAUAUUAAUUUCAAUGCAUAUCACAAAACAACUGAAAGACAUCUCAAACCAAUUUCAAAAAAAUUAAAUUGUGUUGCAAAAAUUGCUCAACAAAUUAUGGAUAAUAGUAGUUCAACCAAUGAAACCAAGAAAAGAAAAGAAACAAAUACUUUAAAUCAAGAAAUAUCAAAAUUCCAAAAUUAG